AUGGGAAACCCUAACAGCAAGGACAGCGAUAGCCAAAACAAGGCGAGACCGAGCGGCGACGGCAGCUUUGACUCCACGAGCAGCCAAAAGGCUAUCAACUCCGACGAGAGCGGAGAGCGCGCGCGCAUUGACCUGAUUGAGGAUCACUAUGCGACUACGAAAAAUGACGGAGCGGUAGAAGAAAAAGAGAAAGAGGAGCCUAAGGAGGGCACAAGCGUGCAGACGAAGGUAUAUCGCUCCGAGCAGGCGGACGGCGGCAUCAUCACCAAGACGAUACGUACCACGAGUACUACUACGUACUCGCGUUCGGGUGACCUGAUCACGACCAUCGAAGUACAGACCACGACGGAAAAGGAAGCAAAGGAUGGCUCUAAGAGCACUUCGGUCGCCACGGAGACGAGAACGGAAUCAGUGGCAGGCCUAGUCGAAUCUGUCGCGGACGAACAGGGGCAUCAUGAUGACGUUGAAACGCGGGUGUGUCGAACGACAGAUAAGGACGGAAGCAUCGUGACCAGCGCUGUAUGUACUGACAGGAACAAGGGACUGUCGAACGACGAUACCGCAACAACAGCUAGAGUGAAGCCAACCACGGAAGCCAAGACGAAGGAUGGUACCGUGACCACCAACGUGUCACGACAAGUACGAGCAGGUGCUGCUGGAUGGAGCAAGUCGCAUGACGCCAUUAGCGCAGGGACUGAUCAAAAACCAUCGUUGCAAAUGGUAAGCGGAAAAACUAUUUCCGACUCGCAGGAAACUGAUGAUGCGGACCGUCGCUCAUUUAAGGAUGGACAUAAGCGAAGGUACGAGCAGUGGCAUCCGAGGUUCGUCUCGUACAUGAAACAUCAGAACAAGCGUAUUGAGGCACUCGCCACGACGGAAUUGGUCGAGGAUGCGCGCCAGUUUUGUGCUGAGAACUUUAAGGAGUUUCGUCCAGAAUUGUUUGACUGUGGAUCGACAGAGGCUGAUAAGGAAUGCUGGAAAAAUGUGGCGCAGCUUGCUCGUUCCUACCCGAUUGUGGCUGUGCAACUGCUUGCGCGGAAAUUAGGAGACAAGAAUGUGUUGAUUGUGGACGAACUGUCGCAGGAUUCUGAUCGUGGCAUUCUUACGCACGUAGCGAUGAAAAUGCUUAGGUGCUCGCAAACGGACGCUUGUGAAUUUUGUGACGACCUUCUUGUUCUGAGAAAUGGAGAAGUGAUGUACGAAUAUUCUGGUAGGGAGAUUGUGGAAUACUUCAACGUCUCAGGCAAUGUGGGUGCUUUGGGAAAGCCCGCGGCACACGAUUCACUGGGCCUGACUGCUAAACAGGAAGAUCGUUACCUUCCCACUGUUUCCACUGACGCUAAGCGGGAUAAUGGCUCUAAAAACAUUGUCCGGAACAUUGCUACGCUAAUCAAAUUCGCGGAUGACACUGCUCUCCUCGCGAGUAAUACUGGAACGGUAGUUCGUGACCUGCCAUCCGAAACUCCCGAAAAAUAUUCAAUUGCACUUCAAACGGACAGUGUCCCUACUCCGCUGCCUACUAUAACUAAAACUGUCAACCAUCUUCAGCAACCUAACACAGCACCAGGCAAGUCGGUGAAGACCGAGGUGUUCCGCUCGGAGAGACCGGACGGCAGCAUCGUGACCAAGACGGUCCGCACGACGACUUGCACCACGAAGCCUGCGGACGGCGAGCUCGUGACGACGAUCGAGGUGGAAACGACGACUGAAACGGAAUCCCCGGACGGCACGACGAGCACUACAGUGGCGACGGAGACCUGCGAAGAGACGGAGACGGAGGAGAGCAGCCUCCCAAUGACGCCCGCUACGGGUGGUACUGUUGUAAGUGUGACGGAGCAAGCUGACACUGUGCCAGGCAAGUCGGUGAAGACCGAGGUGUUCCGCUCGGAGAGACCGGACGGCAGCAUCGUGAACAAGACGGUCCGCACGACGACUUGCACCACGAAGCCUGCGGACGGCGAGCUCGUGACGACGAUCGAGGUGGAAACGACGACUGAAACGGAAUCCCCGGACGGCACGACGAGCACUACAGUGGCGACGGAGACCUGCGAAGAGACGGAGACGGAGGAGAGCAGCCUCCCAAUGACGCCCGCUACGGGUGGUACUGUUGUAAGUGUGACGGAGCAAGCUGACACUGUGCCAGGCAAGUCGGUGAAGACCGAGGUGUUCCGCUCGGAGAGACCGGACGGCAGCAUCGUGACCAAGACGGUCCGCACGACGACUUGCACCACGAAGCCUGCGGACGGCGAGCUCGUGACGACGAUCGAGGUGGAAACGACGACUGAAACGGAAUCCCCGGACGGCACGACGAGCACUACAGUGGCGACGGAGACCUGCGAAGAGACGGAGACGGAGGAGAGCAGCCUCCCAAUGACGCCCGCUACGGGUGGUACUGUUGUAAGUGUGACGGAGCAAGCUGACACUGUGCCAGGCAAGUCGGUGAAGACCGAGGUGUUCCGCUCGGAGAGACCGGACGGCAGCAUCGUGACCAAGACGGUCCGCACGACGACUUGCACCACGAAGCCUGCGGACGGCGAGCUCGUGACGACGAUCGAGGUGGAAACGACGACUGAAACGGAAUCCCCGGACGGCACGACGAGCACUACAGUGGCGACGGAGACCUGCGAAGAGACGGAGACGGAGGAGAGCAGCCUCCCAAUGACGCCCGCUACGGGUGGUACUGUUGUAAGUGUGACGGAGCAAGCUGACACUGUGCCAGGCAAGUCGGUGAAGACCGAGGUGUUCCGCUCGGAGAGACCGGACGGCAGCAUCGUGACCAAGACGGUCCGCACGACGACUUGCACCACGAAGCCUGCGGACGGCGAGCUCGUGACGACGAUCGAGGUGGAAACGACGACUGAAACGGAAUCCCCGGACGGCACGACGAGCACUACAGUGGCGACGGAGACCUGCGAAGAGACGGAGACGGAGGAGAGCAGCCUCCCAAUGACGCCCGCUACGGGUGGUACUGUUGUAAGUGUGACGGAGCAAGCUGACACUGUGCCAGGCAAGUCGGUGAAGACCGAGGUGUUCCGCUCGGAGAGACCGGACGGCAGCAUCGUGACCAAGACGGUCCGCACGACGACUUGCACCACGAAGCCUGCGGACGGCGAGCUCGUGACGACGAUCGAGGUGGAAACGACGACUGAAACGGAAUCCCCGGACGGCACGACGAGCACUACAGUGGCGACGGAGACCUGCGAAGAGACGGAGACGGAGGAGAGCAGCCUCCCAAUGACGCCCGCUACGGGUGGUACUGUUGUAAGUGUGACGGAGCAAGCUGACACUGUGCCAGGCAAGUCGGUGAAGACCGAGGUGUUCCGCUCGGAGAGACCGGACGGCAGCAUCGUGACCAAGACGGUCCGCACGACGACUUGCACCACGAAGCCUGCGGACGGCGAGCUCGUGACGACGAUCGAGGUGGAAACGACGACUGAAACGGAAUCCCCGGACGGCACGACGAGCACUACAGUGGCGACGGAGACCUGCGAAGAGACGGAGACGGAGGAGAGCAGCCUCCCAAUGACGCCCGCUACGGGUGGUACUGUUGUAAGUGUGACGGAGCAAGCUGACACUGUGCCAGGCAAGUCGGUGAAGACCGAGGUGUUCCGCUCGGAGAGACCGGACGGCAGCAUCGUGACCAAGACGGUCCGCACGACGACUUGCACCACGAAGCCUGCGGACGGCGAGCUCGUGACGACGAUCGAGGUGGAAACGACGACUGAAACGGAAUCCCCGGACGGCACGACGAGCACUACAGUGGCGACGGAGACCUGCGAAGAGACGGAGACGGAGGAGAGCAGCCUCCCAAUGACGCCCGCUACGGGUGGUACUGUUGUAAGUGUGACGGAGCAAGCUGACACUGUGCCAGGCAAGUCGGUGAAGACCGAGGUGUUCCGCUCGGAGAGACCGGACGGCAGCAUCGUGACCAAGACGGUCCGCACGACGACUUGCACCACGAAGCCUGCGGACGGCGAGCUCGUGACGACGAUCGAGGUGGAAACGACGACUGAAACGGAAUCCCCGGACGGCACGACGAGCACUACAGUGGCGACGGAGACCUGCGAAGAGACGGAGACGGAGGAGAGCAGCCUCCCAAUGACGCCCGCUACGGGUGGUACUGUUGUGAAGUGUGACGGAGCAAGCUGA